UUCCCCUUUCGAGAGAAAUACACAGCGAGAUAGAGAUAGCGAGAGAGAUAUAGAGAUAUAGAGAUAGAGAGAGAGAGAGAGAGAGAGAGAGAAUGAAGAUGAAAGGAAGUAAUGUUUCGCCUACGUUGUUGUACGAUGAUGAGGAGAUUGAAGUUGCAAACAUCUUGCUCGAUCUCCGGAAACUAAUCCGACAGUCCGAUUUUCGCGUGAAAUUGCGCGGUUUAUCGUUAAGUUGGGGGUGUAAGCGGCGGAGAUCUAAGAUUAACCGGAGCGCCGCCGUAUCUCCUCCGCCUACCACGGCCGCCGUCAAGUCACGGUCCCCUUCGCCGCCGCCGCCGCCGAAGGAUUCUCGCUCCGAACCGGAAAUUCCGGCGGGUCUCAGAUUUAAAACUGAGGUCUUAAGCCCCGCCACGCCGCUCUCCUUUUCGCCAAGUGAAUCCGACGAGAAACCUGUCAUCUCUUCCCGCAAACACUCCAAGAAAAGGACUAGAGAGGAAUGGAUGAAGAAUGUUGAUGAAUUAACCCAGUGCAAAGAGGUGCUUAUUGGGCAAUUGGAGAAUGUGAGGGCAUAUUACAACAACCAACUGGCUUACAAUCUCAAGCUGAAAGCAAUGAGACAAGAGAUACUGAGUACAUCGCAAAAAGUUGAAGAGCCUAGUGGGCCUGAUACAAGGGCAGGACAAGGGUAUCCGCAAUAUGAAAGCCCAAUCAUUAUCGAUCAAUUGGGCCAAAGAUAUCAAUAUCAGGGUUUGGUCUCAGCCCAAAAUGGGAUGGGCUACCUUUUAGGCCCAAUUGGGAUUCCGGAUCUGAACGUUUCUGUGGAGGAGACUCUGGUGAUGGGUUCUUCGCAGCCGUUUGAUGUUCAGAGAAUGGAGGGUGGUGAUAAGAAGACCAGAUACGCGGAGGCUCGGAGAUACAGAAUGGUUAGGAAUAAGUCGAAGAUUAAGGGUGGGCCCCGUUCCACAACCCUUCCAUCAUUUCCAUGCCGAACAUGAUAAUUGCAUUUUUUUUUUUCAAUUUAUCUUUUUCAUAGGGUAGUUUGCCUUAUCUAAGUGUAAAUCAUAUGAGGUUUUUGGAGGAUUUUACGAGAUUUUUUGUUCAAAAUUUUUGCAGAAGUUGAUGCUACAAUGUUGUAUCAUUGGACUUAGAAAUGAAAAUCAUUCAUUAUUAUAUUGAGGAGACUAUAAAUUUUGUGUCCA